AUGACCGGCCAGAGGCAGAGCGUGCCUGCGCGUCACGGCAUCGCGACCUUCGUCCCAAAAGGCCACUCCAUCAAAGUCAUCAAUACUUACGGCAGCCAGGUCAUUAGUACUUGGGUCUUCGCCCUUCACAAACCUCCAACCGAAGAAUCCGAGGCUGAGGAGAGAGCUGCCGAGGAAGCCUUCAACCAAGCCCAGCAAGAAGCCGAGAGGGAAGUCAGCGCCCAACUGCAGCAGCCGGCCGCAGUCGAUACACAACCCGGUGAAAACACAUCUGAUGUUGUUGUUGUUGACAAGCACGAAGAACCUGUCGGAGAUCAGAAGAUGCCCUCCCAGGAUGAGGCCCAAACGACAACUGAAGCCCCGGCUAUUCCCACAGCCAAGCCUACAAUCCAGACUGUAGACGGCAAGAAAGUGCGCUCUUGGUCAUCCUAUGUUCCCUCCGUCCCGUCUGUGUCUGCGUUGAGAUACCGAAGCAAAGCAUCUGCUGCACAGGCGAGCAAGGACGCUGCCAAAAUCAGUGAGGAGCAAGGAGAAGGUAGCUCAAAGGAUAAUGCCGAGGUCAAACCGGAGGAACCGAAAAAGGACGGCACUGAAAGCAAAGAGACGGAUAAGGUAGGCGCUGUGGAGUCUGAAGUCUCGGAUCAUGCCGUCCAAGCGGACGAUGAGGGGGUCAAGGUUGCAGGAACAACCACUCCAUCGGACAAAUCGGAGGAUGACUAUACCGAUGCAAAGUCAGUACAGUCUUCAAGGAGCUGGGGAUCCUACCUCCCCUCAAUCCGCGCCCGGGCAAAGGCUGCCUAUGGAAUGGACCCGAAAGCUGGUACUGGUGACAAGGAGAAAGGGAGCCAGAGGACUUGGCUUUCAUACCUGCCAUCCGGCGCUUCCUUUACUUCCUAUCUCCCCAGCAACAGCAAAGAUGCUCUCUCCGCAUUCGCCUCCUCCCACCACCGCGACCCCACCAAAUCCUAUGCUGAGCAGCUCUACGAGUUCUCGAAGACUCCCGUCGGAGCUGCCAGUCUCUCAGCCGCCACCGGCUCUGGCACCGCCGGCUCUCUCUACGCCGCCUACUCAGCCUACACCAAGCUGCAAGCCGCCCGAAGCCGCACGGAGCCGAUGGAGUACCUCUCCCUCCCGCACACCAUCGACGCUUUGCACAAGCUCUCCCCCGAACCCGGCGACACACUGAUCUCGAACCUGCACGAGCCGCUCCUCACGCUCCUCGAAGAUACAUCUCCCCCGACCACCACCACCGCCACCGCUGCCGACUCCUCAUCCUCCACCGCCAUCCCCCUCCGCCACGGCACCAUCCUCCCCGCGUGCGACCCGACGACGUACAAGAACCUCGCCGGGCCCGACUCGAACGGCGAGGAGCACGGCUCGUGCGCCGAGAACCUGGUGCUCGCGCUGCAGGAGUUCAACAAGUCGACGGGGCUGAAGGGACCGCGCACGGUGGGCGCGGACGUCACGCUGAAUAGUGCGCCGGUGCCGUUGAGCUUGUUUAUGAAUACGAGUGUGCGGCAGCAGCAACAGCAACAGCAAGGACAGGGCUCGGGCAGCAGCGGCAGUGGGAAUGUCGUCGUUGAGGAGCCGAGGAAGUUCGAGGGUGGGAAGUGGGGCAAAGGUGGUGAGAAAGGCGGGUGGGUCAAGUUUAGGGCGGAGAGGGAUGUGGUGGUCAUCAUGAGCGCGUGUCCGAUGGAUGUGGGGCCGACGAAUGCGGGGAGGUGUAUGGCGGCGAAUUUCGUGGUUGAGGAGCCGGUUUGCGAGGAGAAGGUGGAAGAGGAGAAGGAAGAAGGGGAGAAGGGAGAGGAGAAGGGGAAAGAAAAGGCGAAGGUGCAGACGACGAGUGAGCAGAUUAAUGGGAAGAAGGUGGAGGCUAAGAAGGCGCAGGUGAAGAAGGAGGUCAAGAAGCCUGCUGCUGCUACUCCCGCUGCCGCUGCUGCUGCUGCUACGCCGGCGCCUGAUGUUAAGGGCAAGAGGAGGGAUAGUGCUCAUGGCAUCGCUGAGGGAGCGCAGCCGAAGGCGAAGAAAACACCGGUUGAGGAUAGAGCGAAGAGCCCGACUGAGAAUACGGCGAAGGCUGCGGUGGAGAACAAGACGAAGACUCCCGUGGAGAGCAGGGCGAAGACUCCUGUUGAGAACAGGGCAAAGACUCCAGUGGAGAAUAGGGCCAAGAGUCCAGUGGAAAAUAGGGCGAAGAGUCCUGUGGAAAGGGUCAAGAGUCCAUUCGGGAAUAUUGUCAAGAACCCGUUUGAGAACAGGGCGAAGAGUCCUGUCUCUGGGGUGCAGUCGCCGAGGACAGGGGCCUCAACCCCGUGUUCAGAGGCUAUUCGGAACAUGCCAAGGCCUGGAAAGAAGAAGCCGAAGAAGUUGGAGCGUCGCAGCUCCUCCAAAGCUCCGGUUUGA